AUGAGGAAUUACUCGGGAGAGAGUCCUGAUAGAGAUAUAAUUGACUGUGUUGACAUUUUAAAACAACCAGCUUUCGAUCACCCAAAACUGAAAAAUCACAAAAUUCGGAUGAGGCCAUGCUCUUACCCAGAAGGGAUAGUGUUUGAAAAAAGCAACGUGGCAUCAAAAUCAGCACCAAUUUCUCAACUUUGGCACCAAAGUGGAAGUUGUCCAGAAGGAACCAUUCCUAUUAGAAGAAUAACAGAAGAAGACAUAUUGAGGACAAGUUCUACCCAACAAUUUGGGGAGAAGAAUCUCCAGACAAGCCACUUACCGUCAUACGCUGGAGGUCAACGUGUCAACGAGCAUGCCUCAAUUUUUGUGAAAGGGGAUAAAUAUUAUGGAGGCAAGGGAACCAUGAACGUCUGGAACCCUAAAGUUCCACAGGACGUGGAAUGGAGUGUAUCUGCAAUUUGGGUUAUGAAUGAUGCCGAUAAACAAAAACUCAAUGCAAUUUUUGCUGGGUGGCAGGUGAAUCCAUAUCUAUAUGGGGAUAAUCGAACCAGACUUUUUACAUUUUGGACUGACAAAAGCAACGGAGACUGGAUGCAAUAUGGUGCUGAUAAAGUUAUGGGAUAUUGGCCUUCGUCUCUGUUCACGCACCUCUCUGAUAGUGCAUCAAUCAUACGGUGGGGGGGUCAAAUUGUAAAUGCAGCUACUAAUGGGCAACACACCACAACUCAAAUGGGAAGAGGGCAAUUUCCGAGAGAACAUUUUGGAAAAGCCAGCUAUUUCAAGAACAUUAAAUUUGUUAAUGGUCAAAACCAAAUGGUUCCUGCUGAUAACACUUUCCCUCAGGUUGAUCGUCCCAAUUGCUAUGACGUCCAAUCUGGCCGUUCUGAUGACUGGGGAAGAUUCUUCUAUUUUGGGGUCCUGGCAGAAACCCUAAUUGCCCAUGAUCUUUGUUUGAUUCGACUAAUACGAUAUAUCUAA